CGGAGAAUGGAAACUACACGGCUAUUUUCAUGGAUUGUGAUCCUCGUUUCUACCACGUGCCAUCUGAGUCGGGGGAAUGUAGACAGGAACACCGGGAACAACGAGGAUGACGUCAUCAUACUGAGCAUGAUGAAUGACUCUGCCGCUUACAUCUACACCCAGAACGAAGAGACCGACCGCUUGGCCACUGAAUAUCUCGCAAAGGAGCGUGAAAUUAAUAAAGCGCUUGACAACGCAUGGAAGAAUGCACUUGACCUAAGAGAAAACGACCCGCGGCUGAGAAAUGUCUCAGUACCCCGGGGGCUCAGAGAACAACACGUGGUGGCCUUAAUUGCCUACACGCUUCCGAAUAAUUUAUGUAGCAAGUUCAAUGAGGCGAUGAGGAAGUACGGGGCUAACGACUCCGUCUACGCGGAGAAAUUUCAUUUCAAAGCAUUCCAGUAUCUUCUCUCCGUUGCCAUCGAGAGAGUGAGGGAGGACUCAGGAUUGACACCCCAGCCGACCUACAGAGGAAUGCACAAAGAGUCAUUUGGUGAGGUGGGAUCUAGAAUGAAAUUUGGUUAUUUUGCUUCGUCCUCUCGCACCAGAUUGACGAGGUUUGGCAACAAAACAAUGUUUACAAUGUUCUCUCAGUACGGUGCCCAGAUACAAAAUUACUCGUUUUACCCCGAUGAGGAAGAGGUUCUGAUUCCGCCAUAUGAAGCGUUCAAAAUCACGAGUUACGAACCGCGUACUGACGGAGUUGAUAUUUCUCUCCAGACGGACGGGAAGGCUGGGAUCCGGGUAAGGGUGGAGAGGGGCAGUAAAGGCGAGAUGAUUGUGCUGCGGUGUGAGGGGACCGGCAUUUUCCCAAUGGCGUGGCUGUGCAUCCUGGCGCUGUUGGCUGAGUUUUCGAUGUAAUUUAUGCGUAGAAUUUCUGGUUAGGACUUUAUCUAACAUUGACACAUAUUGUGGGGAAGGUUGGGGG